CCGUUAUUAUGUUUUUAAUUAAAAAUGGCGGAUGAUGAUUCUCAGAGAUACCACUGCAGUUACUGUGGCUGUGAUAUAACACUCCGUCUGAAAUGUAAUGGCUGCCCUGACUUUGAUCUUUGCCUUGAAUGUUUUGCUUCAGGUGCCUCUAUAGGUAAUCAUAUGCCCGAUCAUCCCUACCAACUAAUUGACGAGGGAAGCUUCCCAUUGUUAACUAAUGAUUGGGGAGCCAUUGAAGAAGUAUUGUUACUAGAGGCCGUGGAACAGGACGGGUUUGGAAACUGGGAAGACAUUGGGGCUCAUGUUUUUACAAAAACGGCAAGAGAAAGCAAAGAUCAUUAUAACGAAGCUUACGUGAACAGUAUAAUUGGAGAAGGUUUGUUGCUUCCUGAUUAUCAUUCCAAAGUCCUGGCAGAUGGAGGAGGAGAGAUUCCUCCUUCUCCUCCCUCUUUCACUCCCAUGUCACUGGAGCAUAACGAACAACAGGACUUAACAUAUGCUCCACUGAGAGAUGAUUUUGAAAAAGAAUAUGAUAAUGGUGCCGAGAGAAUUAUAAGUGAAGUUCCAAUCCACAAUGAAGAGGAUAGCAUUGAGAGAGAAUUGAAGCUAGCUCAUAUAGACAUGUACAAUAAGAGGUUGGGGGAGAGGGAAAAAAGAAAAUGCUUUGCAAGGGAUCAUAAUUUAUUGGGAGGAAAGAUGAGGAUAAGCAGUAUGAAAAGGAAAUAUUCAAAAGAGGAGAGAGAUAUUAGGAAUAAAUUCCGUCCGCUAGCAAGACUAAUGGAUAAAGAUGAAUACGAGAAACUAGUGGGAUCAUUGAAAAGAGAGAAGGAGUUGAUUGAAAGGAUACAAAGUUUAAAGGAAUACAAAAGAAACGGAAUAACGAAGAUUGAAGAUGGAAUUGAGAUUGAUAUGUUGAAACAAGAGAAAGAGAAGGAAAAUGAGCACAGUGAACUACCAGGUGACACUUAUCAAGGUAUUGCAUUGCUGACACAGAAAGAAAGAAAGAUGUGUCAUUCUCUUGGUUUGCAAACGCAAGAAUAUUUAAAUAUUAAAACAGAGAUAUUAAAGGCUGCUGGGUUAAGGUUAAAAGGGAUCCCUGCCAAGCCUUCGCUUCCAAAGUCUCUCCCACGCAAUACAAAAUGUCACAUCAUCAAAUACCUUCAUAAAGCUGGUUUAAUUAGUUAACUAACCAUGCCCAAAUUAAUUGACUCCACCUCUCAUCAUGAUUACCUCUCAUUUUUAGACAUUUUUAUUUUAACAUUUUAUAUAUUGUUCAAAAGGUGUUGGUACAUGUUCCCUGUCUUUACUGAUUGCUAAGAAUUUAAAUCUUUCACCCA